AUGCGCGUUCGCGCGCGAAACGCGCGCGUCGUCGCCCUCGUCGCGUUCGCGUGCGCGCUCGCGCGUCGCGUCGGCUCCGCGCGCGCGUUUUAUCUCCCCGGCGUCGCCCCGAUCGAUUACGAGCGCGACGACUUGGUGUACAUCAAGGUGAACAAACUCACGUCCACGGUCACGCAGUUGCCGUACGAUUACUACGCGCUGCCGUACUGUAAACCGGAUAAGAUAAAACACGCGGCGGAGAACCUCGGGGAGGUGCUGCGAGGAGAUCGGAUCGAGAAUUCGCUGUACUCGCUGGAGAUGCGAUUCGACGAUCGGUGCAAGGUGCAGUGUCGGAAACAGUUGAGCGAAGAGGAAGCGAAAACGCUGAAAGGAAUGAUCAAGGACGAAUACAGGGUGCAGAUGAUAUUGGAUAAUCUACCGGUGGGGAUGACGCGGUACGUGGAGGACGAGCAAGGGACGAGGAAAAAGUACGAACGCGGAUAUCCAGUGGGAUUCACGACGGAGGACGGGAAAGCGUACGUGAAUAAUCACAUUCGCUUCACGAUCUUGUAUCACAAGGAUCAGGAGACGGAUUUGAGUAGAAUCGUUGGAUUCGAAUGCGAGCCAUUCAGCGUGGAUCACAAGUAUAAGAAGUGGAGCGACGAUAAGCCGUUGUUGAAAACGUGCGAUCCGAGGCAGCAAGUGUACGUUUCGGAGGGGAGCGCGCCGCAAGAGGUCAAGCCGGGUGAAGAAAUCGUGUACACGUACGACACGCUAUUCAAAGAGAGUGACAUUCGGUGGGCGAGCCGUUGGGAUACGUAUCUCUUGAUGGCAGACGAUGAAAUUCACUGGUUUUCCAUCAUCAACAGCAUGAUGAUUGUGCUCUUCUUGUCGGUGAUGACGGCGCUCAUCAUGCUGCGAACGCUUCAUCGCGAUAUUACCGUGUAUAACCAGCUCGAAACCGCUGAAGAAACGCAAGAAGAGUCUGGUUGGAAGUUGGUUCACGGUGACGUCUUCCGCGUUCCGGCGCACUACACCUGGCUCUCCGUCUUCGCCGGCACGGGCGUGCAACUCCUCUGCAUGACGACGGUAACCAUCUUCUUCGCUGUUCUCGGGUUCUUAUCACCCGCCAAUCGAGGUGGGCUCAUGACCGCUAUGGUGAUGAUUUACGUCAUCAUGAGCUUCGUGAAUGGUUUCGUCAGCGCAUUUUUGUUCCGUAUGUUCAAAGGUCAAACUUGGAAGAUGAACGCCGUCAAGGCUUCUUUGUUGUAUCCUGGCGUCGUCUUCACAGUGGGUACGGUGUUGAACGUUCUUAUCUGGGGUCAAAAGAGCAGUGGUGCGAUCCCGUUCGGAACGUAUUUUGUUCUCAUGUUCUUGUGGUUCGGUAUCUCCGUCCCGCUGACUUUCAUGGGGAGUUACUUGGGUUUCAAGAGAGAGCCUUUGGAGGAACCUGUGCGAACGAAUAAGAUUCCACGCCAAAUCCCGCCGCAGCCUUGGUACAUGCACGAUGCCGUGGCCGUUCUCAUCGGAGGCGUGCUUCCGUUUGGGGCGGUGUUCAUCGAGCUGUUCUUCAUCCUCACUAGCAUCUGGCUUCAGCAGUUCUACUACAUAUUUGGCUUCCUGGCGCUCGUCUUCAUCAUUCUCGUCGUCACGUGUGCGGAAAUCACCGUCGUCAUGUGCUACUUCCAACUCUGCGCCGAAGAUUAUCGUUGGUGGUGGCGAUCGUUCUUGACAAGUGGAGCGGCCGCGUUCUACAUGUUCGCGUACGGGAUCGUCUACUACCACACCACGCUUGUGGUGACGCACAAACUGACGACAUUCAUCUACUUUUCGUACAUGUCGGUUUUGUCGUUUGGAUUCUUCAUCCUCACGGGCACUGUGGGUUUCUUGGCGAGUUUAGCAUUCGUUCGUGCGAUUUACGGAAGUGUCAAGAUCGAUUAA